AGACUCCUCCGCUCCAAAAUCUCUCUCUCUCUCUCUCUCUCUCUCUCUCUACCUUUCUCUCAAGGUAUCUCUUUUCUGAUGCUGGCUGCAGAUUAAGGGAAAUUUCGCUCCUUGUGUUUGGAGAGCGAAUUCUUGAGCUCUGAAAAAAACAAAGUUCAGGAAUUCAAUCAAAUCAGGGAAAAGAAAAAGGGCUCAAGUAAACGGAGAUUUAUGCCACCAACUGUCCUCUUAACAUCUUUUUAGGCACGCAAUCUGAAUACAACUUACAAUGACUGGAGGUGACAGCAUUUCCGUUUAGAAGAAUUUUUCCAGACUCAGAGAACUGGCAUUCCUAGUGAUUGUGGCAUCCAUGUCUCAGUAAGCAAUUGAAGACUUCUUUUAGUACUAAAUAAAGGAGGAGAUGCCGAAGCAUCGGUGGAGAGAGUCAAUUAAAUCCUUUUUUGGAAGCCACAUUGACCCUGACAAGGAUGAGGAACUUGAAGAAUCAAAAGCAGAAAUGGAGGAUAGAGUUCAGAAGAUCUUGAAGCUUCUCAAAGAAGAUGGUGAGAGAGAUGGAAACGGGCCUCUGGCUAACAUGAUUGAGGAUUUCCACAGACAUUAUGAAUCUCUCUAUACUCGCUAUGAUCACCUAACUGGGGAGUUGAGAAAGAGAAUCCAUGGGAAACAUGGAAAGGAUACUUCUUCUUCUUCAUCCAGCUCAGAUUCAGACUCCGAUCAUAGCCCAUCAAAGAAGGGCAGCAAAAAUGGAAAAAUAGGAAAUGACUUUGAGAAGGUAGUCGAUGAUUAUAAGCUAGGGUUAGAAGCUGCAACACUGGAAGUGGCUGAUCUCAAGAGGAAGUUGGUGGUUGCAAUUGGAGAAAAAGAAACUUCAGAUUCGGAAUGUCAAAGUGCUUUGGACAAAAUACAAGCAUCUGAGAAGGUUAUGAAAGAUCUGAAUGUCGAAUCUGAAAGAUGGAGUGAAGAGAAGUUAAAACUUUUGGGUGAGAAUGAAGAGCUAAACAAAAGGUUGGAAAUUGCUGGUAAGCUUGAAGCUGAAUUAAACCAAAAACUAGCAGAUAUAAAUAGUGAAAAAGACAGCUUAAUCUUCGAAAAAGAGGCGACUAUAAGUCGAAUUGAAGAGGGAAAUAAAACUGCUGAGGAUUUGAGAUCUUAUAGCAGUCUGUUAAAGGAUGAGAAAGAAGCACUGCAGCUGGAGUUGGAGGCUACAAAAGAGAGCUCUCUAGAGCUGAGAAGAAAUUGGAGUCCUCACAGAUGCAAGUUGCAGAGCUAAGCAGCAUGCUGAGGGCUGCUGAACAGGAAAAUAGUUCUCUUUCCUUGAAAAUUUUACAGCUCUCAGAUGAGAUCAAGCAGUUGCAACAUAAACUCGAAGAUCAUGUCACUGAAUCUAGCCAGUUGAGGGAUAAGUUGGAUGAGAAAGCAAAGGAGAUUUUGGCUCAUGAAACACACAAAAGUGAAGUAUCAGUUCAUGUCAGAGGUUUGGAAACGGAGCUUGAUCUGUUACGCACUCAGAGAGAAGAAAUAGAAAAACAGAAAGAAGGAGAACUUUCUGAUAUGCUGAAGAAACUUGAGGACAAAGAGAAGGAUUCAUCAUCUCAACUAGAGUAUCUAACAGCAAAGAAAAAGGAUAUGCAAGUUGAAAUUGAUACUGCGCUCAGUCAAAAGAGUGAGUUAGAAGAAGAAUUAUCGCGUAAAAGCAAUGAAGCAUCAGCUACAAUCAAGGACCUAACAGAUCAGAUCAAUGAGAAGCAGCAGAUUCUGGAUUCUCUAUCUGUUGAGAAAGUUGAACUAGGGAGACUGCUGGAGAGAAGAACUCAAGAAAUGUCAGAAUCCCUCAUUCAGAUGGAUGCCUUGAAAGAGGAGUUAGCAAGCAAGUCUGCUGAUCAGCAGAAAAUGCUGGAAGAGAAGGAGAGUUCUAUGUCACAAGUGAAGAACCUGGAACUGGAGGUAAGUUCCCUGCUACUUUUAAAAGAUGAAAUGGAGGAUCAGCUUAGAAGCAAAAGCAAGGAAAUUACUGAGUUGCAUGGGGAGAAGGAGAUAAUUCAAACUAAAAUUUCUGAAAUGGAGCAAAUAAUCAUUGAGAAAGAAAGCAAGGUCUCCUCCUUACAGAAGAGGUUGGAAGAUGGAGAGAUUGAAGCAUCUGCUCGAUUUGCAGCCUUAACUGAACAAGUUAGCAAUCUCCAAGAGCAGUUGAAUUCUUUGUCUGCUCUAAAAAUUGAAUCUGAUGCCCUGCUUGAGAAGAAAACUGCAGAAAUAGGGGAAUAUGCCAAUCAGGUAGAAAAUCUCAAGGAGGAAUUAGCAAGCAAAUUAGUGGAUGGGCAAAGAUUGCUGGGAGAGAAAGAUGGUUUGCUUGUGCAGAUAAAUGACCUGGAACUGGUGGUGGAGUCUCUGCGUAGCCACAAAAGUGAAUUGGAAGGGCAUAUAAAUAGUAAAGUUGAUGAGAGCAACCGGUUAAGUGAGGAAAACAAGCAUUUGCAGAGCAAGAUUUCUGAAUUGGAGAGAGUAUUGACAGAAAGGAUGGAUGAGCUCUUUGCCAUCCAAAAGAUAUUGGAUGAUGCAAAUGUUGAAGCUUCCACCCAAAUCGAUGCACUGAAUGAGCAGGUUAAAAAUUUGAGACAGGAGAGGGACUCCUUACAGUCUGAGAAAAGCCAACUGGAAUUACAAAUGGAGAGGAGAAUAGAAGAUUUUUCAGCAAAUUUGGCUCAAGCAGAGGAUCAGAAUUCUGAAUUACAGAAGAGGUUGGAAGAUGGAGAGAUUGAAGCAUCUGCUCGAUUUGCAGCCUUAACUGAACAAGUUAACAAUCUCCAAGAGCAGUUGAAUUCUUUGUCUGCUCUAAAAAUUGAAUCUGAUGCCCUGCUUGAGAAGAAAACUGCAGAAAUAGUGGAAUAUGCCAAUCAGGUAGAAAAUCUCAAGGAGGAAUUAGCAAGCAAAUUAGUGGAUGGGCAAAGAUUGCUGGGAGAGAAAGAUGGUUUGCUUGUGCAGAUAAAUGACCUGGAACUGGUGGUGGAGUCUCUGCGUAACCACAAAAGUGAAUUGGAAGGGCAUAUAAAUAGUAAAGUUGAUGAGAGCAACCGGUUAAGUGAGGAAAACAAGCAUUUGCAGAGCAAGAUUUCUGAAUUGGAGAGAGUAUUGACAGAAAGGAUGGAUGAGCUCUCUGCCAUCCAAAAGAUAUUGGAUGAUGCAAAUGUUGAAGCUUCCACCCAAAUCGAUGCACUGAAUGAGCAGGUUAAAAUUUGAGACAGGAGAGGGACUCCUUACAGUCUGGAAAAGCCAACUGGAAUUACAAAUGGAGAGGAGAAUAGAAGAUUUUUCAGCAAAUUUGGCUCAAGCAGAGGAUCAGAAUUCUGAAUUACAGAAGAGGUUGGAAGAUGGAGAGAUUGAAGCAUCUGCUCGAUUAGCAGCCUUAACUGAACAAGUUAACAAUCUCCAAGAGCAGUUGAAUUCUUUGUCUGCUCUAAAAAUUGAAUCUGAUGCCCUGCUUGAGAAGAAAACUGCAGAAAUAGUGGAAUAUGCCAAUCAGGUAGAAAAUCUCAAGGAGGAAUUAGCAAGCAAAUUAGUGGAUGGGCAAAGAUUGCUGGGAGAGAAGAUGGUUUGCUUGUGCAGAUAAAUGACCUGGAACUGGUGGUGGAGUCUCUGCGUAACCACAAAAGUGAAUUGGAAGGGCAUAUAAAUAGUAAAGUUGAUGAGAGCAACCGGUUAAGUGAGGAAAACAAGCAUUUGCAGAGCAAGAUUUCUGAAUUGGAGAAGUAUUGACAGAAAGGAUGGAUGAGCUCUUUGCCAUCCAAAAGAUAUUGGAUGAUGCAAAUAUUGAAGCUUCCACCCAAAUCGAUGCAUUGAAUGAGCAGGUUAAAAAUUUGAGACAGGAGAGGGACUCCUUACAGUCUGAGAAAAGCCAACUGGAAUUACAAAUGGAGAGGAGAAUAGAAGAUUUUUCAGCAAAUUUGGCUCAAGCAGAGGAUCAGAAUUCUGAAUUAGCAAACCAGGUUGCAAACCAAGAGAGGAAGUUGAAAGAGCAGGAAAAUGCAUUCAACAAAUUGAGUGAUGAAUAUAAACAGCUAGAGCUUUUGUUUGAGAAGUGCAAGGAAAAUCUUAGGGUCACAGAGAUAAAGAUGACAGAGAUGUAGAAGAAUCCCAAAAAAUUUAUGAAUCCAAAAAUCAGACAGUUAAUGAACUGGAAGAAGUUAUUGAAGAUCUGAAGAGAGAAUUGGAAAUGAAAGUAGAUGAAAUCAGUACAUUAGUGGAGAAUGUCCGGACACUUGAAGUUAAGCUUCGUCUGGCAAACCAGAAGAUCCGGGUUACAGAACAGUUAUUGACUGAAAAUGAAGAAAGCUACAAGAGCAAAGAAGAAAAGUUGCACAAUGAACAAGCACUACUUGAAGAAGGAUAGCUACAUUAUCAGGAUUAGUUGCUGCACAUAAAGAGGCUCAACUCAGACUAAUGAGAGAUGUUCCAGAGAAGGUUAAUGAUGUCAUGAUUGAAAUGGACACAUUUAACAUGAAGUUCGAGGAAGACUAUGGCCAUUUGGAGUCCUCGAAUUUAUGAAAUCUUGAAUGAGUUUAAGGUAACAACGAACUGGAUAAAAGAGACGAAUGGUGAAAAGGAACAGCUGCGGAAGCAGAUAUCCAUUAUAGUAGCAGUUAAGGGAUGAGAAAGAACAUGGUCUGGUGCUAACAGAAAAGGUAGGAGAUAUGGAGAAAUCCUUACAGAAGGGUGAAGAUGAGAAGAUCAGUUUAGUUAAAAGCCUGAAAGGUCUUGAAGAGAAGUUGGGACAACUGGAAAAGGUGGUAAAAGAAAAGGAUGAGAUGCUGGGAGAAUUAGAACAAAAGAUUAAGAGUAAAGAUGAUGGGAUCUCGGAACUAGGUGAGGAGAAACGAGAAGCUAUCAGACAGCUGUGCAUUUGGAUAGAUUACCACCGCAAUCGCUAUGACGAUCUCAAAGAGAUGAUCUCCAAGACAUCUCCUGCAAGAAGGCAGAUAACUGCUUAAUCUGUUGAUUUUUUUCGUAUAUUUUUUCCUUAGAUUCUUUUAUUUCGGGUGUUAAAUUGAAGAUUGUCUCUCUCUGGUCCUUUCCAUUUUUCUCAGUACUGUAUGGUCAGAUAUUGUGGGUCUAGGGGCUGAUUACUACCGUCUCGUGUUUACCCGUUAGGUUGUAUAGAAAGUAUUGGAAUUGAUUUGUUUUGGGUUGCU